AUGGAUGACAAUAAUUCUUUUCAACCAAAAAAUAAUUCAAAAAUGGCAGAACUCUUUAUGGAAUGUGAAGAGGAAGAACUGGAACCAUGGCAGAAGAAAGUAGAAGAAAAGCAGGAUGAGGAGGAUGAUGAGUUGAUCUUUGUUGGAGAGAUAUCAAGUUCAAAACCAGCCAUUUCAAAUAUUUUGAACAGAGGUAACUCCAGCUCGUCUUCAAAGGCAAUAAAGAAUGAGGUACUCAGUCAAGGUGUUCCUGAUGCAUUCAAGCCUACAAGUCCACACUACAAAGACCCAAUAUCAAAUCCAGUGGCUGCCUUACCUAGAUUUCAACCUCAACCUAAACCUUCACAAAGCUCUAUUAUUCAGAACGUGUCUAAAUCUUCAUUUAUAAGGAGUUCUUCACAAGUUGAAAUGGAUGAUUCUUCUGAUUUACUGUUUGACCUGACCCAGGACACAAUACCAUCAUCCCAAGGCGGAUCGAAAGUUUAUACAGAAGCUGUGGGUGAAACUCUACCUAUAAGGAAACGUCCUAGUAUUAUAGCAAACAGAGUUCAUCCAAAAAAGCCAAAGACCAGUGACGAUGUUUCUGAAAUUGAUUCAUGUGCUACAUUAUCUUUAGACAGCUCUUCUUCAGUGACAUCCUCCUCAGUUAUGACAUCAAAAGGUACCUCAUCAACUGAACAUAAAACUGGAAAUCCUUUUCAAAGAUCUUGUCCAAAGUGCAAUGUUCAGUUCAAUAAUUUGGAUGCUUUGAAGUAUCACAUGAAGCGUUGUUGUCCAGGCAUGGUAAAUAAGUUUUUGGAGAUGAUUAAAGUAGAAAUUUCAAGUACUGAAAAGAAAACUAAGACUGGUUCAGACAAAGAAAAAUUGAUCAUGUUAGUUAGUGACUUUUACUACGGAAAACAUGAAGGAGAUGUUGACAAUGAAGAAAAGACUUACACAACCUUUAAAUGCUUCAGUUGCUCAAAAGUUCUUAAAAAUAAUAUUAGGUUUAUGAACCACAUGAAACACCAUUUGGAACUUGAGAAGCAGAACAGUGAGAGCUGGGAAAGCCACACCACCUGCCAGCACUGUUACCGUCAGUAUCCUACACCAUUCCAGCUGCAGUGUCACAUUGAGAGUACACACACACCUCAUGAGUUUUCUACGAUUUGUAAAAUCUGUGAAUUAUCAUUUGAAACAGAACAUACUCUUUUGCAACAUAUGAAGGACACUCAUAAACCCGGUGAAAUGCCAUAUAUUUGCCAGGUUUGCCAGUUUAGAUCAUCAACAUUUUCUGAUGUAGAAACUCAUUUUAGAGCAUCCCAUGAAAACACAAAGAACUUGCUGUGUCCAUUUUGCCUCAAAGUUAGUAGAAUGGCAACCCCCUACAUGAAUCAUUACAUGAAACAUCAGAAAAAAGGAGUUCAUCGUUGUACAAAAUGCAGACUUCAAUUUUUGACCAGCAAGGAGAAACUGGAUCACAAGACCCAGCAUCGGACUUUUAUAAAACCUAAAGAACUAGAAGGCUUGCCUCCUGGUUCUAAAGUUACUAUUCGAGCUUCAUUUGGAUCUCAUUCAAAGCCAUCAACUGCAUCUUCCAGUGAUACUCCAAGCACUUCUUCUCUUCAGGUCUCACCUCCAAAGUCUAAAAAUACAACUGCUAAAAGCUCCACAAAGUCAAAUGCAAGUAAAUCUAAGAUACGUAAGGUUCGUUCAACUAUUUCCAGUAAAAGUAAACUAGCCAAUUCAAGUAAGCAAGGUAAAGGUGCAACUAAAAGCAAAGGAAAAACCUAUUGCAAGCAAAAGAAACAACGCAACAGAAAGAACAAAAUCAUCAUAGCUUUGAAGAACUUAAGGUGUUAUCGAGGAGUUCACAAGUGCAUUGAGUGUCAUUCCAAAAUUAAAGAUUUUGCAAGCCACUUUUCAAUACAUAUCCACUGUAACUUUUGCAAAUACAACACUAACUGUAACAAAGCCUUUAUCAAUCAUAUGGUGAGUUAUCAUAGCAGCCAUCCAAGUAAACAGUCUCCUCUUUUUCAUAAACAUUGUGGAACUCCCAGGGGCAUUACUCUAGUGUGCCUUAAAUGUGAUUUUCUGACUGAUUCUUCUGGCUUAGACCGUAUGGCUAAACACUUAUGUCAACGUAAAACUCAUACUUGCCAAGUUGUAAUAGAGAAUGUUCCCAAAAGUACCUCAACUUUUGAAUCCUCUUCUGACUGCUUGUUGAAAUAG